GGUAGUGAGAGAGAGUGUGUGUAUUUAACGUCACGGCGCGUGCUACUGGUUACGACAGCGACAACUAGGUACAGGAAAAUGCAGGCGGUCGGCUAUUCGUCCGUUCAGUCGGCCCCCCCCACGGCUAGACUUCCCCGGUAUCGCGCCAGAAUCCCCUAGCUUCCCCCGUAUUCCCCCCCGUAGUCGUCCCCUACUAGGCACAGACGCCUAUGAGACGGGUCAGCGACGACGGCUAGACUAAUGUGUUCUCGAGCGUCCGAACAUCCGUGGAUGCACCCUCGGCGACGCUCGUCGCGGGUGGUGUUGUUGUGGGUGUUUUACCUCCCCCAGGAGGCGGCGGCGGGAACCGGAGGAAAGUUACACCGAUCGAAGGCAACAGUAAAACCCCCUCUCCGCCUGCCGGUUGGCCCUAUUAGCGGUAGGGCCGGGACCGUGAGCGCCUGUGUCCAACACCCUAGGCGUUGGUAUCCUUGCUCAGGUUCCGAUCUCGUCGGCCGAGACCGGAGAGCGCAUCGGUCGAGCCAAUGGGGCGCGACCCCAAGGCGGGGCAUGGAAGCCGAUGGAAGCUUGUCGAUGAUGUUUGCCGGUCUCUUGACCGAGACCGGGAGACCACCUUAUUCGUCUGGGGGAGCGACCCCGGCUGGGCGGAAUGGGGUGGUGUUGCCUUUGUGCUCUUCCUGCCUUCCCAGCGUGGCAGGAGAGAGGAGCCCAAGAGAGUAUCGACCGGGUCGUCGAGGACCUCGGGGUGCGUCAACCGCCGCCGUAACCAAGAUGGAUUCUUAGCCGGCGCCGUGGACGUUUAACCGCACCGAGGCGCGGGACCGAGCGGAGCACGGGACCGAGUCGAGGGUCAGGCCGCGGGGGAGCGAACCCAGGGUGAGGAGGGAACGAGGGACUCGUGAUGCUUUCUUGGUGUUUUGGGGACCUCUCAGGAUCGGAGUCCUGGUUGGCUGAAUCCGAGCCUUCUGCUCCUGAUUGGCCGGAGCCGCCCAGAGAGUGAAGAAAAGGAGAGAAGGUGUGGUAAUGAGGGAGUGUCGCAUAGAUGACAAAAUAUU